CUAGCGUCCUCUGAUAUUGCGCUUUGCAGUUGUGAUUUGUGAUGCGAGCGUAUGAAUGUACUUAUGGUAUUAUAUAAUACAUCAGUGGGAGUACCGAAUUCAACAUGAAAGCUAUAUUAAUUUAUUUAGGGAUUUUGCAAUGUUUUGCUCUUAGUGUUAACGGUUUAAAAUUGUUGUGUGUGUUUCCUUUGCCAGCGCGCAGUCAUUAUAUUUUAGGUAAUGAAUUGGCCAAAGGACUGGCCAAUUUGGGCCAUGAAGUUACCAUUAUAGCGGCAUUUGAAGAAAAUAAUCCACCGAAAGGGUAUAGAAGUGUUUGGAUAUCGGAAAUAAUGGAGUUCAAAGAAGCCAGUGGAAAACAACCCAACAUGUUUGAAAUGGAAAAUAUGUCUCCAUUCUUGCAAAUGAUAUUUCUGCCAACAGUGACACCGCCACUGUCUGAAAUGAUAUUCAACAGCACCAAAGUAAAAGCACUCCUAAAUUCAAAUGAAAGUUUUGAUGCAGUUAUUGUUGAACAAUUUUUUAUCGAGUGCAUGACAUACAUCCCAUAUCAUUUUAAAGCACCGCUUAUUCUAUUUAGUACCAUUGGGGCAAAUAGAUGGAUAAAUAACUUAGUAGCUAAUCCAGCGAAUCCAAGUUAUAUCCCAGAUAUUUUGCUGAGUUUUGGUUCGGACAUGACUUUCUACGAAAGACUGUAUAACUUUGUUUUUGAUAUAGCAAGCGAUUUGGUUUUGUACCAGUACGUUUAUCCAAAGCAUAAUACAAUAUUGCAUAAAUACUUUCCAAACGCACCACAUUUGUCAAAACUACAAUAUAAUGCUUCUUUGGUACUUCUUAAUUCACAUGAAAGCAUUAAUCAAGCAGUUCCUCACGUACCUAAUAUGAUCGAUAUCGGAGGUUUUCACGUUAAUCCUCCCAAAGAGUUACCAGAGGAUUUGAAAGAUUUUAUGGAUAAUGCUAAAGAAGGCGUAAUAUACUUUAGUUUGGGUUCUAAUCUUGUACCUUCAAAUAUGCCCCAAGAAAAAAAAAAUAUUAUUUUGAAAGUAUUGGGUUCUAGAAAGGAAAAGAUAUUAUGGAAAUGGAAUGAGGAUCAACUAGAAAACAAACCUAGUAAUGUGAUGAUUUCCAAAUGGUUUCCACAACAAGCAAUUUUAGCUCAUCCAAAAUGCAAAUUAUUUAUUUCUCAUGGUGGUUUGUUAAGUACCAUAGAAACUGUGUCGUUGGGCAUUCCUGUUCUGGCUUUCCCGAUUUAUGGAGAUCAAAAAUUGAACGCUAAAAGGAUCGAUGCCAAAGGUUUUGGUAUCGCAAUAACGUUUUCCCAGAUUACAGAACAAGGGCUUAGGGAUGCUUUGGAAGAAGUCUUAGACAAUCCAAAAUACCUCGAAAAUGCAAAACUAGCUUCUAGGAUAAUUCAUGAUCGACCCAUAAAGCCAAUUGAACUUGCCGACUACUGGAUCAAAUACGUCGUCAGACAUAAGGGAGCUUCACACCUUAGAGUCGCUGGACUAGACUUGCCACUGUACAAGUACUACAUGUUGGACGUACUUGCUUGUGUCUUUGGUGGAAUUGCGUUACUUGCUUUGUUAUUAAGUAAACUUUCAAAAAAAAUUCUGAAAACUCGUUCAAUUAUGAGUCAAUCCAAACAAAAAAAAAAUUAAAGGGCAAAUUAUGAGUGCCUACAAUGUGUUUUAAUUAUAUUUAGGUUCGUUUGUAAGUUAAAUUUGUUAAAAUAAUCGAGAAAACAGCUACCUACAUGUUCCACUUAUUAACGGUGGAGUUGAAUUUAGUUUUAAACUUGUGAUAUUUUCACAUUUUUACUUAAUUUAUUUUUGCUAAAAAUAAAAACAAAAAUACAA